GUGCGUGAGGUGAGGCGCGCGCCUGCGUAAGCGGAAGGUCCGUUCACAUUCACUGCUCGACUGCACACUUACCGAACAUCUGACCUUAUGAGAUCCCCGGACGGGACAGCUCUCCGAUUCUGACAGCCCAGUUAUAUACACUAAUAUAUGAUUGUAAGUCCGUUCAGGAUGCCUGGAUCACUCCCUACUGUUUGUGAGGCCGCGUGGCCCAAGGAUGUGGGAAUCAUAGCCAUGGAGGUGUACUUGCCGUCUCAGUUUGUGGAGCAAGCGGAGCUGGAAGAGUUCGAUGGGGUCGGAGCGGGGAAAUACACCGUGGGGCUGGGCCAGGCGCGCAUGGGCUUCUGCUCGGACCGCGAGGACAUCAACUCUCUGUGCCUGACGGUGGUGCAGCAGCUGAUGGAGCGCAGCGGCCUGUCCUACCAGAGCGUGGGCCGGCUGGAGGUGGGCACCGAAACCAUCAUCGACAAGUCCAAGUCCACCAAGACCGUCCUGAUGCAGCUGUUCGAGGAGUCGGGCAACACUGACGUGGAGGGAGUGGACACCACUAACGCCUGCUACGGAGGAACCGCCGCGCUCUUCAACGCCAUCAACUGGGUGGAGUCCAGCUCCUGGGACGGCCGUUAUGCUCUGGUGGUUGCGGGUGACAUUGCUGUUUAUGCCACGGGCAGCGCCAGGCCGACAGGGGGAGCCGGAGCCGUGGCCAUGCUAGUCGGACCCAACGCCCCUCUGGCCUUCGAGAGAGGGCUUCGUGGGACACAUAUGCAACAUGCGUAUGAUUUUUAUAAGCCAGAUAUGGUGUCUGAAUAUCCAGUGGUGGACGGCAAGCUUUCCAUCCAGUGUUACCUCGGUGCUUUAGAUCGCUGCUACUCCGUCUACAGGAACAAGAUCCAUGCCCAGUGGCAGAGAGAGGGUCUUGACAAGCGUUGCAGUCUUGAAGACUUCGGCUUCAUGGUGUUCCACUCUCCUUACUGCAAACUGGUGCAGAAGUCUUUGGCUCGACUAGUGCUCAACGAUUUCCUCUGUCAUCCCAGUCCAAACACAGAGAGCGGGCCCUUCAGCGGUCUGGAAGCUUUCAGAGAUGUGAAGAUCGAGGACACUUAUUUCGACAGAGAUGUUGAGAAGGCCUUUAUGAAGGCCAGCUCAGAAGUGUUUGAGAAUAAGACAAAGGCGUCUCUCCUUAUAUCAAACCAGAAUGGUAACAUGUACACCCCAUCAGUGUACGGCUGCUUGGCUUCGGUUCUCGCACAACAUACACUGCAGCAGUUGGCAGGACAGAGAAUCGGUGUGUUUUCAUACGGCUCAGGCUUUGCUGCUACGCUCUACUCCAUCAAAGUCACGCAAGAUGCUACACCUGGAUCUGCUCUGGAUAAGUUGGUCUCCAGCCUGUGUGACUUGCAGGCCAGACUGGACUCUAGAAAGAAGGUUUCUCCGGAUGUUUUUGCUCAGAACAUGAAGCUCAGAGAAGAAACCCACCAUUUAGCAAACUACAUCCCUCAGGGCUCAGUAGACGAACUCUUCCCAGGAACAUGGUACCUCACUCGUGUGGACGAGAAGCAUCGCAGGCAGUACGCCAGACGCUCGAUGAACGAUGACCGACCGCUGGAGGCCGGACUGGUCAGUUCCAGCAUUGCAGCUGAGCAUACUCCCAGUCCACUCAAGAAGAUGUCCCGCAUCCCGACUGCCACAGCUGGCCCUGAGGUGCUCAUUAGUAACGGGGACCAUUAAGUUUACCUCUGUGAGGUGCACACAAUGGCAGAUCACAUUGAGGACACUGAUCUGAAAAAACGACACGCUAAAAAGGGCCCCAGGACUUCUGCAGCCAGAUCACUUAUCAAUGAGUGAUAUGAAACUGAAAGCUUUUUAAUGUUCCAGGACAGACUCCGCUCGACCGUCACUGUGCUGAAGAUGACCGAGGGUAGUUUGGAAAUGAAGUGUUUCUCUGUGGUGAGCUCCCACAAACCGCUGCUCACAGUCGUCUAUGCAGAAAUCCGCAAUUGUUUCAUUCUUUUAAGUCCAAAUAUCUACUUGUUGGCAUUUCACAAGCUCCAUGCUGUCUUUUUUUAAAGCAUUAAACUAACCCCGUCAUUUAAAACAGACAUUUAGGAGAAAACCUGGAUGUCUUGAAGAGAGUCCCUUGUUGUUUUUAAUUGAUCUAAACGCUGUGUCUCUCUGUCCUCGUCUUGUUUUUGCUUUUAUAAAACUCCUUUCUAGUCAGUCUUAUCACCAUGGCCAUGUCAGGGAAAUGUGCCUGGAUCACAUAUUAAUGAGCCAUAAGCUUUACCAGUUUUAAUUACAUUCACCUAUAUAGUAAUAAUUGUUUAGUCGCUGCUAAACGGACUUCUGUUAGCAUUUAUGUCCUUGGAAACGGGAAUCAUUUAUUUGAUUUUCAUUCUAGCCAAAGUAGAUGGUGUUCAUUUAUAUGAACUCAGACGAGGAAAUAAAGUCAUGACAAUUGUAUAGAAGAUAAAAAACGUGAUGAUAGCUUAGUGGCAAUGUGUUAAAGCUAUGAAAUAAUAUAAUAAUCAGUUAAACUGGUAACAUUUUUUGGACAAAAGACAGUUUUGAUGAUGAAAGUGAGAAAGAGCGCUAUCUGAUCGUCAGCUGUCCACCUAAAAAUAAAAACUGUCAUCUUUUACUCACCCUCGUACACUCUCCGAGGGAAAAAGGUACAAAAGCUGUCGCUGGGGCCAUACUUUUUCAAGAGAUAGACCUUAGUACCUUAAGGGUCCAUAUUGGUAUCAUAAUAACAAUAUUAAUACCUAAAAAGUACCUUUUUUUAAAAAAAAAAAAAAAAAAGCACCACUAGUUAAAGCUUUUGUGCUUUUUUUUUUUUUUUUUUCUGAGAAUUGGACUGACUAUCUUCUGUGCAACAAUACAAGACAAUAUUUUGAGAAAUGAGUCCUGGUUCCCAUUGACUUUCAAUGUAUGGACAAAAAAUAAAUAAAAUAGUAAAUGGGAAUUGAAACUGUUCUUCAUAAUAUCUUUCAUGAUGCACAGAAGAAAGUCAGUUCUGCAGGUUUGGAAGAACAUGAGAGUGAGUAAAUGACAGACUUUUCAUUUUUGGGUGAACUGUGCCUUUAACUCACUCUUUAUCAACUAUUUGUAGAUCACAACUAACUCUAAUAUUCCUCGAUCUGUUGAGAAAUUGCAAUCUGAAGCGCUUAUAUGAUCAAAUGUUUGACCUGUGAUUGUUCCAAACUACAGAGCACUUCUCAGUAAUGAUGCAACUUAUUUAGAGAUUUAUAGUAGGAGAGAACUAAUAUUAUUAAUACUAUGGUAAUGUAAAUGUUAGCACCUUAACACCUUGUUGCUAAAUGGUUUAUGGCAGAUUUACGAAGCUAAAAGCAAAAAAAGAGAUAUUUUCAGAAGGAGAUUAUGCUUGAUUGCAUAAACACUGAUAGCAAGAAGGUAUUUCCUUUCGGAACAUUCUUCAGUCCGUGGGUCCAUGUGAACGUCAAUAACAAGAGCACUUCUGCUCCGACUGCAUAUCCAUCAACUUUGAGAAGCCUUAUUCUGAGCAUGUACAGAACACACAAAUAUAUUCUGAAAACUGUAUAGAGAUAUUUUUCUUUUUCAUUCUGCUGCCAGGACAUGUUGACUGUAUAGAGUUAUAACUUGAAACAGCCAAUGUUUACAAGACGUCUCCCUCAGAUCAGUUCAUACCAAUAAUUGGUAAGUAAUGUACAGCACUAACUUAUAUUUGUUGAUGGACAAAAACUGGUAUGUGAUCAGAAAACAAGCUGUAUAGACGAUGUGUAUGUGGGAAUCUGAUCAUAUAUGAACUGCGGAUUAAAUGUUGAUUUGCUGAA